AAAAAUAAAACAGAAAAACCUCAACCUAAAGCCCGCCUCUUUCUUCCUCCUCCUCCACUUUCAGACUCCCGGUCUGCAUCUUUACACUUAUCCAGGUAAAGCAGCGAAAUGGGGGCGAAGGCGAAAAAGGCAAUGAAAAAACAAUUGAGCAAAGCCUCUGCUCAAUUAUCAGCUUCUUCUCACAAAAAUAAAGAAGCUGCUGCUACUGCUUCUACUGCUGCUGAUUUCUUGCCAUUAGAAGGUGGUCCAGCUCGUAAGCUCCCCGAGGAAAAGCCCAAGGAGGAUAUUGCUACUGUUUUAUACAUUGGUCGGAUACCUCACGGCUUCUAUGAGAAGGAAAUGGAAGGAUUUUUUGGGCAAUUUGGUUCGAUUAAGAGAUUAAGAAUUGCACGUAACAAAAAGACAGGAAAAUCGAAGCAUUUUGGCUUCAUUGAGUUUGAGGACCCUGAGGUGGCGAAAGUUGUAGCUGACACUAUGCAUAACUAUUUGUUGUUCGAACACGUGUUGCAAGUCCAUCUUAUUCCUCCACAGAAAGUUCACCCGAAAUUAUGGAAGGGUUUCAACUACCGAGUCAGACCCGUGAACUGGGUUCACAUUGAGCGGAAGAGGCAUGACAAGGAAAGAACGGUGGAAGAGCUCAAGAAGUUAAUGGAGAAGAUUAUGAAGAGAGAUCUGAAGCGUCAAAAGAAAAUUGAGGCCGCUGGUAUUGAUUAUAAAUGCCCAGAAAUUGUGGGUGGUAGUGAAGAACCUGCUCCAAAGAAAAGGAAGACCGACCGGAAGAAAGUUGUUUCGAAAUGAUGAAGCGCUCACGCUCCUCUCUGUCCACCCCUUCUGCUGGGAACAAGUCAGUUAUGGAUUUCUGGAGAAUUUGGGCUUGAGUUUUUUUUAUUUUUACGACCCUUUUCAUCACUCUUCAUGUAAUGUAAUCGUGCAUUGUCUAUUGACAAGUGUUUUACUGUCGUUCAGCAUUACGUAGUUAGACGUGGUUUUCGGUCA